AUGUCGGCCACUCAGCAGCCUCGAUCUCCCCUGCCCGAAUCUGCCUUGGAUUUUAUCCCCGGCCGCAAUGGAAAACGAACAAACCUGUUCGACCGCUUUCCCAGGGAGGUCAUAUCCUUGAUCUUUGCCAACAUGGCCACUCGGGAAGAUUUCAAGGCAGCAGCAGCCACGUGCAAAAAAGCACAAAUGAUAACCCAAACGAACGAGCAGUUUAUCGCGCACGCGCGGAUCGACUAUAUGCUGCCCCCUUCCGUCCAAAAGCUCGGAAUCAUGGCCGUCGCCUCCCGCAAGUUCAACCAUCAUAAUGUGGAGGGGUUCAUCGAGCAAUACAUGUCACGUAAGGACGACGAUCAACGGGUGCAUGCAAGUAUGGAAAUGGCUUUUGCUUUACCAGAUCUCCUGCGGGCGGCGGAGAUAGUCAUGCAGACAAAACUUAACAGAACUCCUUAUCCAGACCGCUAUCCCAGUGGUGACUCGACGCCAGCGGAAUAUGCGCGAGAGCUGCGAGCAUGUUUCAUGAUAGAAACGGCAAGAAAUCUUUUCGACGGCUCUCAAGAGGAUUCAGAUGAGGAGACGUUCGGGGAGAGGAAGCGCGUAUUCUGGAAGGCUUUCUCUAAAGUCGAAGUGCAAGCGGCAAGAGCCAUGUUUGACAGUUAUGAGCAAUGCGUAUUCGAAGCUCUCAAAUGCGAACAGGGUGGCUGGAGCGGGUGUUGCGUUAGGGAGAGGGAUAUUGAGAGGCAGCAUUUCUCCAAUGCAGAAACUCGUUCCCUCGCCCGGGUGUUUGCAAUAGAAGCUGGGUUGGUCCAGAUAGGCAAGUGGUAUACCAAAGAGCUCAGCCCGCAUGCCUCAUUCCACAGCUUCAAGUCCGACAGAAGUGGGCAGAAUGAAGGAUAUCAGCAUUUCGAUGAAUUUCUAGAGGACGCGAACACGGUCUUCGCCCAACUCCCAUUCCAGCGGGACCCGAAAGCAAUCAAUCUAACCACUCGCAAGGAAUUCCUCGAAACGGACCAGUAUGGUAUAAGGAGCAACUACUUCAUUUGCUCUGAUCUGGAAAAGCAUCUCGAAUGCCAGAUUUUCUGGGACCAGGAUACCUUCACAGCCUGGCAACAGCAGGCAAGAGAAAUGAGACUUCAUACGUGGAGCGAUCCGACUGAGGAUGAAUCCGAGUCUGAGCCCGAGCCUGAGCCCGAGCCCGAGUCCGAGCCUGAGUCCGAGUCUGAGUCCGAGGGUGAGUACGAGCCCAACGACAGACUGGUGUAUGACUCAGACAAUUAUGAAUUCGACUCAGUGAGCGAUUGGGAGCUUGGCGGGGAGUUAUGGGCCCGUUGGAGCAGCAGUUCCUCAACCAUGGGCUUUAUGGAAUGGAUGAGACAUGAAAAAAUGUGUCGACAGGAGGAGUUUGAGGAUGAGGACGAGUAUUAUUAG